AGCUAAGCUGAAAUAUGUAAAACUAAAGAAACACCUGGAGGAAAUACGUGAAUCAGAAAAGAAGGCUAAUAUUCGAAACCAAGAAUAUUUAAAGCAACUUGAGCGCCUCCAAGCUGAGAUUGAACGAGACGUGACCAGAAAUACAGAGAAACAUCAAGAACUGAAGACUAAAUAUGUGACUCAAAUUAAGAAGAUGCAGCUACUCUCAAAAGAAAGAGCCGUGAUAAAAAGUGAACUGAAAGAUGAAGUUAGAGAAAAGGUUGUAAUGCCAGCAGGAAUUAACUCGACGAUAGUGGUGUCAAGAGGAUUGUAUCAUCCAGCAACAAUCUUUAUGGGCCGCCAAAUGUCAGCCAUCUCAAGCAUUGGAGAUUUCAGUGCAGAGCAGAAAUCUCCCCAACCCACAAAGAACUUUUCAGUUCCUGACCCAUGUUCACACCGGCAGACAGCCCAGAGCAGUAACGUGACAGACAGCUGUGUAGUACAAACUAGUAGUGACACACAGUGCUUAAAUAAGUCUGACAAAACAGAUGGAAAGACAUCUUUUCAUAUUGGUGAGAAAACGCCAGUCACAGCCAGUUUAUUGUCUGAGGAGGAACAAACUCGUUGCUUGGAGAUAGGAAGCAACGCACGUCAUGAUAAUCUUGCUCAUGGGGACCCAAAGUCACAACGACAAAUGCAAGAACAAAAAAUGUUCAGGAAAAUGCAAGAGGAACAGGAGGAAGAUUUGAGCAGCAGCAGUGACCUCACAGUUUCUGUAAGUGAGGAUGAUCUGAUUUUAAGGAGUCCAGAACCACAGCCAAAACCGGCUGACAAGAUAGAAGGAGAAGAUGGAAUGCAGGCCUUAAAAUUAAUCCACACUGAGCAAGAAAGAGAUGCCCUAUCCACUGACAAAAAUAAUUAUAUUUUGCAAACUCUAAGCUCUCCUGAUUCAAAAAAGGAAUCCUCUACUAACUCACCAACAAGAGAGUAA